CACUGUUAUAGAGGUGUUCGGAAAUUAAUCAAACACACAAAAUUACUACAAUUAUUUUAACCUGACACAAUUUAAUAAAUAAUAACAUAUGAUUCAUUAUUUAAGAACAAUAACGUGCCAUAUUGUUGAAAUAGCAAAAUUUGUACUUGAUUGGUAACAUAUUUAGAAAUAGCUGUAUACAGUUUGACAUUUGACGUAAACAUAACCUCAAACAAUAACUAGUUUUUUUACAAUUUUUAGGUAUUUAGGGCCAUGACUUCAGCAUUACAACAGCAAGCAUUUGCGUUAGAUGCCCGGUAUAAUGCCCACCGGGCCCCCGAGAGCCCCAAUUUCAGAACUUUAUACAUAAGACGUCGAAGCCAAUUACUGAGAGAAACUCAGAGAGACCCAGAAAAGUGGAAGCAAUAUCUUCGUGUGCGUUCCAUGCUGUUGCAACAGCGAUAUGGGUCGUCAACAGUUGAGUCAACUUCAUCAAAUUCAAGUAGCAUGUCAAGUAUUGUGACACCACGGGGGCAUUUGGUGCCCACUAAACAAGCAGAAGCUUCAAGAGCUUUAGUAGGGGGGACUUCAAUUGCUGAAAAUUAUGCCUUUGUUGGGGUUCAUCAUAUUUUUGAUCAACAUAGUGAAGCUGUUACAAUGGUAAAGUUUGCCAAUAAUGAUAAAAGUAAAAUUUGUUGUGCUUCUUUAGACUUUACUUUAUCUAUUUGUGAUGUUACAAGUGAGCCUCCUAUAGUUUCAGCGAUUUUGAGAGGGCACACCAAGGCUGUUACAGGUUUUGAUUGGUCAGCAAAUAAUGACUUAAUUGUCAGUAGCUCUUUAGAUGGGACUUGUAGAGUGUGGAAAGUAUCAGAUUUUAGCUGUUUGAGAAUAGUUCAAGAUUCUAACAAUUCUCAAUUUUUGUGCUGUAUGUUCCAGCCUAUUAAUAACAACUUGUUUGUUACUGGUAAUAGUAGAGGAGAACUGAAAAUCGCCAAUGUGUCGACUGGUAGAUUCAUGAAAAACACUUGUAAAAUCGGCGGAAACGUCUUAUGUUUAGCUUCAGAUAACAGUGGAAAAAUAUUUUGGGUUGGAAAUGACAAGGGGGAAAUUGUAUCAUUAUUUUGCGAAUUGAACGGAGCUCUUUGUAAAACAAAGAAAAUCUUGUUGUCGCCAAAUUGUUCAAUUACCAGUUUGAGUUACAGAGCUUGGAUCAGUAGAGAAGCUCGUGAUCCUUUACUUCUUGUAAAUGCGACAAAUAAUUCGUUUUGUUUGUUUAGUGUUUUAGACGGUGAAGGGACAUUACAAUUGAAAAAAAGUUUCCAAAAUAGACAACAAAAACACAUUGUGAGGUCAACUUUCUGUCCAAUUAUGUCAUUCCGUCAAGGGGCCUGUGUUGUUACUGGAAGCGAGGAUGGCAGUGUUUAUUUCGUUGAUGUAGAAAAAGUGGGAAAUAGGGCAGUAGUCAACACAUUACAAGGACACGCAAGUGCUGUUUUAGGAAUAAGUUUUAAUUAUGAUGAGUCCUUAUUGGCCACAAGUGAUCUUCAAGGUCUUGUCAUUUUAUGGAAAAAAGGAAAUUUAAUAUAAAUGACUGAGUGGAUUAUUUUUAUAGAUUUAACAAACUUGUAUCUGGUUGUGAUUUUAUUUAGUGAAAUAGGAAAUAAAGGGUGCUGGAUAUUAUCUUAAAAAAAUUCUGAAUAAAAUGUUUAUUAAUAUAA